AAUCGAGUUCGAGUGGAAGGAGACCACUCGAUGUUUUAUUGUUGUCAGCCUAUCUAUUUGUAAUACGCUCAGAGCGGAGGCAAGAGAAACACUGUGUACAAAUAGCGCAGGAUUACCGGGUCCGUUCCAUCUCACUCGUGGUGACAGUUCCCGCGUCCCCCAAAUCUCGGGGAUAAGCGGUCGGGCGAAGCAACAGGCCAAAAACAAUUAGUCCCAGCAUAAUCGUUGUCGCGGAUUCACGGUAGAAAUUUUGAAAGUUAGAAGGUAGUGUUUUGUAGUGGUGUUUUAUGUCAGUGAGAACUGGGUGAUUUUUUCAAAUAAACACUGUGUUCAGUGGCCAAGUAGUGCCUUAUUAUAACAAUGGCACUAAAUCAAGACGAAGCUAAACAAGUUGUAAGAGUUGAUCAAGACUCUGAAACGGACUUACAAGCACUAUUUGACAGCGUUUUAAAACCAGAUUCAAAAAGACCUUUACAGGUGCCAUGGAGUAUGCGAAAACUCCCGGAUUCGUUUUUUAACCCGCCAUCCACGGGAUCAAAAUCUAUAAAUCACUCUCGCGAAAAUUCAGUGGAUUCCGCAUUUGGAGGUGGCGCUACAGGUGCCACCUCCGUGAAUUCCGUACCAUUACAAACUGCACAUCAUAGGGCACAUAGUUCUCCAGCAUCUCUUCAACAAACGUAUGCCGUAGGGCAGCAACAGGCACCCGUUCAUCAUAUAAAACAAAGAUCUUACGACGUGGCUAGUAAAACAGAAGAUAAUACCCCCUUGCCUCCCGGAUGGGAACAAGCUCGCACCCCAGAAGGACAGGUGUAUUAUUUAAAUCACACGACACGCACAACGACGUGGGAAGACCCUAGAAAAUCACUAGCUGCACAAGCUGCUGCUCAACAACACCAAAGUGCCGAGCAACUAUUAACUGCACAUCAGAUGUCACAUCCACAAUCGCCUAAUUCUAAUACUACUGCCAAAGUAAAUACAGAUGUAGAUUUAGGGCCGUUACCUGAAGGAUGGGAGCAGGCACAAACUCCCGAAGGGGAAGUUUAUUUCAUAAACCAUCAAACACGUACAACUUCGUGGUUCGAUCCUAGAAUUCCAACACAUUUACAGCAACGUACAUCGGGUGGUAACAUUAUUGGUACGUCGUGGCACACUCCAACACUAUCUUCUUCACCUGCAAAAGCUCAACAAAUUCGGUUACAGCAGCUACAAAUGGAAAGAGAACGUUUGAAACAAAGGCAACAGGAAAUUAGGCGGCAACAAGAAAUCAUGAUGAGAAGUUCUAGCGAUUUACCAGUAAUGGACCCUUUCCUAUCCAGUCUGACUGAUCACUCACGCCAGGAGUCCGGCGAUAGUGGACUUGGUAUGGGGACAACAUAUUCUAUGCCACAUACACCGGAAGACUUUCUAGCCAAUAUGGAUGACACUAUGGACGUAGGUAGUGAAAGUCAUACUAUGGACACUCCAGACAUAUCCACGUUAAGUGAUAAUGUCGACUCCACAGAUGAUUUAGUGCCUACCCUUCAACUUGGAGAAGAAGAAUUCCCAAUGUUAGAUGAUAUGCAGUCUUUGAUAAAUCCACCAACUACAAGACCUGACAACGUACUCAUUUGGUUGUAAUUUAAGUGCCUAAAACCUGCUCACGACUUUCUGCAGUUUAUAUUGUUAGACCAAUCUCAUGGUUCGCUUAGGUAAAUUGUUCAUUAAUAUUUUUUAUAAACUGCUGUACACAUGAAACAAUUCUGUUCUAGAACUUCCUCUAAAUUUAAUAUGUUUCAUAAUGAACGAUAAUAGCAGGCAUACAUCAUAAUAUCUUUCCUAUAUUCUUAUUUUGCACUAUAUACACAUUGAUACUAUAAUAUAUAUUAAGUAUAUUUUGAACAACAAACAUUUCAAUUGAAACAAAGUUGGUUUUUUCAAAAUAUUGAUUUUAUGUAGGAGUGCGUACUAUAUUAUUAUGUUUAAAACAAAGUUGAAUUACACAAUUUAUUAGUGUAAAUAUUUAUAUAAAUUGACUUUCUUUCUUUUUGAAACCAUUCAAAUAGUUUUCAACUCAAUCCUAAAACAAUUAACUUGUUUUUUAAAUAAAAACAACAAAGUGUAUCAAUACUGUUAUGACUAAACAAAAAUGUAAAUGUUCAUUUUGAUUUGGUAUAUUAUGCAUUAAAAAUUUUGGAAUUAUGAAUUUAAAUACUAAUGUAAAUAGGGGUGGACAAAAUUCCAUUGCGAGGAAAUUGCAUUUCGCUGAAAUGAUUCAAGGUACAUGGCAAAUAGAAACGUACUUAAUUGUUUUUUAUAUCACAAAAUAUGCCUCUAAUAACUUGAUACUAUUCACAAAAUUCCAAAAAUAAACUGAAACUUUUCUUAUUUAUUUAUAUUCUUUGUACUGAAAUAAUGAAAAUUAAAUUUAAAUCGCAUAAUUUGAAUUAAAAAGUCAUUGAAUAGUUUAAAAAGCAGCUGUAUGUUACAAAGAAAUAUGUACCACCCUGUAUAUAAGUUUUCUGAUACAUAAAGAAACGAUUCAAAACCUAAGUUCAUUUCUGAAGAAUGAUUACGUAAAUAUAAGUUAAAUUUUGAGGAAAAACUAUCUAGACAGAACACAUUUGUUUUGGCAAUAUAUCAUGUAACAAAGGGCAAUAAUAUUUUGUUAUUUUAUAAAAAUGUUAAGUAUGAAGUUUUAGCAUUUGUAAUAUUGUAGUUUUGUCACAGUUUAUGGGAGCGUUAUUUUACUGUUGGGUAUGUUUUUCAUACGUAUAUAUUUUUUAAAUAUCAAGUAAGCUAGUUGUUAACUUAUCAUUAAUUGGUCUACUUACACUUGAUCAAAAAAUAAUUUUAAAAACGUGUUUGUCUAUUUUGUAGUUUUUUGGGCAAAUCAUAUUUGCUUGAAAAAUAGCCCAGACAAAAUUUGUAGCUAACAUUAUUUGAAAUAGAGAAAAUUUCAUAAUAGGUCAUAAAAUAAUUAUGUAAGAAACCUGAGGAGAGUUUUGAAGUCUUAUAUGCUCAUCUUUGGGAGAAAGUAUUUAAUAAGUUGAAAUUAAAUAUUAGAUAGCCUAAUUCUAUUUCAGAUGCAGAAUCAUGUACUUCAUUCUAUAAUGUACCCUUUCAUUAAUCUUCUUAUUUUACAAAGUUUUAUUUUUUAUUGAAAUUCCAAAAUUCAUUUUCAUGUUUUUUUAAUAGAAAAAAUAUCAUACCGUAAAAUUCUGAGUUGUGGUGUAAUGUAAUUACAUAAGAACUGACAGGGUGUCUUAAAAUUUUACGUACCCUUACAUGGAGGUUAGGCAAGGACUUCAAUAACACCCAAAACCAUGUUUACAUAAUUAUUGAAUGGUCUCUUACAUGUUUUCAAAAUAACUUAAUUUUUAAAUUUAAUUUCUUCAUUAUCUUUAAUAUUCAAAUGAAAAGUAGGAAAGCUUCUAAUCACUUUAUAUAUUGUUAAUUUAAACGAAAAAUACUUUUUCAUUGUAAAAGUGUUUUUUUUUUAAUUGUGAGUUCUUUUUCUUUGAUGUUGAAUAUUUGACCCCAUAUUGACUGUAAACUUUUUUUUUAUUCCAAUUCUUUAUAAGAAGCUGUAGUAUUUAGUUAGACUGUUUUUGUUUUACAAAUUUAGCUACACUUUGGAUUUUAUAUUUUUAUUCCACUACUUUGUAACUUAUUUCUGUGAAAUUGAUAAUUGUCUGGCAUGCUAUUAUGAGUUUGUAUGUUGUUUCAAACAGAAUGCUGUAAUAAUUUGAAAAACUACAGAUAAUAACAACAUAUAAACAAGAAAUUGAUUAUAUUCAGAUAAUUAGCAACGAAAAAAUUAUAAAAAAGAUUUUGAAGACCCUUGAAAUGCGGAAAAUACUACUUGCAAUAACAUGUUUGUAUUUUUAAGAGGGUAUUAAAACUACGUUCACUAAUAAAAUCAUUGAAAAAUAAUUUGAGUACUUCAUAUUGUAUUGAGACAAAACUAAUUUUGGAGAUUCUAUUUUGAAUAAAAAAAUAAUUUUAUGUGAACGCUACGACUUAUUAAAUGUUUGGGUAUUAUUAAAAAUUUUUGUCUUUUAUUGAUAUCAAUUCUUUUUGUUCAAUUCGGGAAAGUUUUAAGACAUUCAUUUUAUACCCUCUACCACAAAAAUGCACUUUAGAAUUUGAUGGCCCAACUGUGAAAUAAAAGUUGUGGGUGGACCUAAUUUAUCUUGCAGAUUGCUAAAUUUUUUUAAUAUUUAUUUAUUGUUGUGUAUUAGCAUAUAAUUAGGUUCGAUGACAAUUUUAUACAAUUAUAAUUUUAUACACAAAUUUUAUAACAAAAUCCGCACUCAGUUUAGGUAUUACUGUUAAUAUAAAAUACAGAGUGAAAACAAAUAUGGGUAAUAGUUUUCUUAAAAUCUUGGAAGUGAAAGUGACAGUGCAAUAUUUUUUAUAGUUGAAGAGGUGGUUAUGCGUUUCUAUUUAUAUAAAAUUAUAUAUUUCAUGUUGAAUUAUAUUUUUUGUCUAUAAAAGCUGUUUUUAGAAAUGUACAUGUUUUUUUCUGAAGCUUAUUAAGGAUAACGCAAGUUUUUCUAUAUUUUGUUCCACUUUAUGUAAAAAUUCCUUUUGCAUUUCAAGAUGUUCCCUGUUUUGUUUGUUUUCCGUACUGCAGUGACAUUUACAACUACAAUUGAUUAAUUUUUUUAAGCCAAUAUAUACAGGAUGUCUAAAUGAGCAAUUAAUUCAGUAUAUUAAAAGUUUGGAUUAAGGUAGAAAAUCUAGUCUUUGACUGUAUACCAGUAAUUAUCAGGCGAAUUUUGAAUUAACAAAAAGUGUGCAUUUUUGUUAUCAAAACUAACAGAAAUUCCAAAAGAAGUUUAAUGAAAACUAGGAUGUUAAGAUGUAAGAUUGACGAGGUUCAAUCGCCUAACUCUGUAAUCAAUCAUUAUUUCAUUACUUUUAGUUUUUAUUUAUACUAUAACAAUGUCAGUGACUAUAUUUUCUACUUUAUAACAGUUAAAUUCUAAAACUUUAACGAAAAUGAUUUAUAAAUAUGUGUUUAUAACAUUAUUGGGAUAUGUUCAUUAACUGUACAGUUAAUUUUUCAAUUUAUGUAAUGGUUAGACCAAUUCAGUUGCUUAUUAAAUAAAAAAUUUCAAUUAGUUAAAUUAUUAUUAGACCUUACUAUUCAAACUUCAUUCGAACAACCUGUAUAGAUAUAUUCAUGUUUAAAUGUUAUUUUAUAGUAAACUUGUACUGACUGUUCAUAUUGUGAACAGAUCCUAGUGCAAAUUAAUUGACUACUGUUUCUGAUAACUUAGAACGUUAUCAAGAAAACAUGAUGCUCAUUAUAUAUUUAUAUGAUUACAAAUCCAUCCAUUUUGGUGCCUUCUAUUAAUAUUUGUAUAUAUAUAUCGACAAUCGUUUCUAAAUGUAAGUUAUGUACUUGUAUACAAACACAGUUUGCCUAACAUACAAUUUAUUAUUGAAAAUUUUCCUAAAAAAAUCUUGACAUAUAUUUUAUCUGUUCAAAGAGUGAGUAAUGGCACAUGCAUACAUAGAAUAAUUAAUUAAACUUCAACCUGUAAUAUCAUUUGUAUUUGCUUCUUUCUCUCCUUUAUUAUCUGCUGUUGUUGUAAUCCAUAUUAAUACCACUUGUCAAUUAAUGAUAUCAUUAAAAAAAUAUCGACAGGUAUCAACAAUAAAUUAUUGAAUAUAAAGGGGUCCUUCACGGUAACCUUAUAAUAUCCAUACUUUAGGGUCGAAAUAAAUUCUCCAACUAUUGGUCUCGUUCCGUUCAUUCUUUAUCAACUUUCACAUUAUAUUUUUCAUAAGUUUAUUUGAUAUUUCAUUGGGAAAAUGUUUUAGGUGCAGUGUGUACCUUUUUCCAUAUACUUAUAGCUAGGCAAGGCUCAAAGGUUUUGGAAAAUUUUCAAUAAAUGUGAAUUGAUAUAUAUUUCGAGUGCCUUCUUAAUAGACAACUGUGUUAAGAGUUUAAGCUUAUCAAUUUAUACCUUUAUAGAAGCUUGAUUUACUUAUGUAGUUUAAACAAAAUACCAAGUCAUCACUGAUGGUGGUAUACUUUUGCUGGCAAAAUGUACCAUAAUUAUUAUCAAUCUUUUUUUUUUUGUUUUAACGUGAAAAAACGUACAAACUGUAAUUAUUAAUAAUGAUAUAUCGUUGAUAUUAACCUAUUAUUGUUAGACAUGUUUGCAACUUUAUAGCCCAUAUAUGAGAGUACAAAUAUAUUUAAUCAUUAUUGGAUCGAGCAUAUUGUGAAGCAAUUAAUGACAAACUUUAUUACAACGUAAAUAGAGAGUUGCAAAUGAAUAGCUGAAAAAAUACAGAAUACCUAACAGUCAAAUAAGAAAUCUUGGUAACGUUCAGAAUACUGAACAAUGUGGAAGGCAAGAGUGGUCCUAGCUCGUUAAUAGAAUGAGUUUCUGAGAGACUUUUCCCAAUAGAGAAGGAUGUCGAACCAAAAGAAAAAAUUGCACUUUAAAAUAUGGCGAAACAGCUGACAAUAUUUUAGAAUAGAAGAAGGGGGACUUGGGCUGAUAUAUACUCUACACACAAUGAAAUAAUUUGAGUCUGCCUUCAUUAUUGUUACCUUUUAUAAGAUAUAAAUACUAAUUUUGAAUAAUGUGUAUAAGUACUAAUAAUAUUUUUUCAGAUGUAAUCAAUGGAGAGAGAUUAGGCUCCUAGCCAUAAAAUAGCAUAUAAAUAUAUAUCUUUGUAUUUAUAUUAUAUAGAUGUUUACUGUACUUUCCAUGAGGAUAUUAUAUAUAUAUAUAUAUAUAUAUAUAUAUAUAUAUAUAUAUAUAUAUAUACGAUAUAAAUAUAUGGGACUCUCAGCCAUAAUUAUUUCUAACAUCUAAUAAUAUACAAAUGAAAUUAAUCAAAUUUAUUUCUUACAUUUAAUACCAAGUAAGGGGUUUGUUUCUCAUAGUCACUUUUUUAUCCUGGGAUUUUUAAAGUUGCAAAAAUUAAUUUUUUGAUUUGGUUCUUUUCCAACAAUUUAUAAAGUAAAUUCCAUACUAGUUAUUUUAUUGAAACUAAUAACUAAUAAAUAACAGGUUAAUAUAAAUAUAUUUAGCUUAUUAUCGUAAAUACUUCUAACAAAAUCGUUUAAUUUCGGUAUAAUAUUUUCUAGUAGUAUAGUUUUUUAUGUGACAGCAAGCUUAAUAAUUAAUACCUUUCUUUCCUCAGUUUUAAGCACGAUUAAAGUUAUUUCUCGAUUUUAGUUGUCUCGUACGCAACAAUUUUAUGGAUUAUUUGUUGACAGCAAAAAGUAAUAAUCUAGUACCAAUUUCUUUAUGUCUUGCUAUUUGGUUUCUCCUUCAUGUUAUCCACGAAACACUUUCUUUUACAUAAUUAAUUUUAUGUAUUUCUUGGAAAAGCUUGAGAUCUUUCAAGGUUUAAAGACUGGAGCUGAUAAAUUAUAAAUUCUAUUAAAGAUAUUACUCAAAUUCAACAAUUUCGGUAGAAAAAUUAACUCCUUUUAUUUAAUUAUAAACUUGCUGUUUUUGACUGUAUAAUUAUUGGUAACUAAUAUGUCUACCAGUUUAUAUUCUGGUAGUAUUUUUUUUCACUUGUCUUCAUUUCUUAUUUUGAAGGUUAAAAUUUUUAGCAUGUUUAAAAGGGUAUGAAAUUAAUCAUUUAGAAUAUAAACAAAUAAAAACAAUAAAUUAGAAGGUAUAGCUAAAGUUCUUCUUUGUAUUCUUCGAGUAUAAUUGAAAUAAUGUGCCCACACUAAGUAUAUAUUGCUAAGAUGUCACAAAUGAAUUAGAAAAGUCCACACAUGCUGAAGAUUUUUUCACUUUGAUUACUCAUUGUGUUUCGUUUAAAUGCUGUAUAUUUAAUGUAACAAUUUUAUAACCACAUCAAAUUUUGUAUGUUUUUCCAAUAAACACAGUAAGAUUGGUAUUGUAACUUGUUUUUUGUGAAUUGUAUUAGACUUAUCAGUUGUAAAUAUAUCAAGAAAACAUUCUAA